GUCCACAGGUCGGGCCUGUUCUUCAGGAAAAGGAUCUGCAAGUGCCUUCAGCGCGUGCCGCUGUCGACUUGAAUGACUUGAGUUCUGUCAUCCAAUCCUUCUUUGUAGCCCUCAAUGGUGGGUCACAGGAAGCUGCGACCCAAGCCGAGCACCCACCAACAUCCCAGCCGACAAUGACUGUGCCUUCGUGGGCCUCUGUCCAUUCCGACGUACCCAAAAUCCCCAAACAAGCUGAAGGCCCAGUGGGGUGCACAUACGCUGUUCCUGCAACAGCCCAACUCCAUAACUCAGCCCCAAGCCCAGAAAGCGAAGAACAUCGUCGAUCGGAUGCUAGCGUGGAGGCCCGACACAUCAUGGAGGCGAUCAAACGUUCGUUGGAUCCCAAACACAAUGCGCGCCCAAUACACCCAACCGUUCACUUCGCCCAGAAGGGUAGCAUUGCGACUCAGAAUGGCGCUUCCGUGAGUGCACCAACCCCUGUUGUAUCGAUUGUGCCUACGCCCGCACGCCCUGUCACUACUGCCUCCGAACUUGCCCGAGCACGUCCAUCGGCCCGCUCACCGUCUCCUUCACUUCCAAAACCGCCGAUGGAAGCCAUCGAAGCUAUUGAGCAGGAUACCGCGCCUACGCGAUCCUUGGCCUACACUGCGAAUAACAUGCCUCUGCGCAUUUUCGAGCAUGCGUUGACGUCCCUCUUGACGCGACUGGAUGCUAUUGAAAGUGCUGGCUCGACGGAAGUCAGGGAUGCCAGAAAGGAUCUGGUGCAGAGGAUUGAGGGGGUUCUUAAUGAACUCGAGUCCAAGAAGUUGGGGGUUUGGCAGCAGCAAAAUAAGGAUGAGGAUGCAUCGGCCAAGGUGUACGAGCCUCAUUCUGAAGACGAUCCUGCAGACGAAGAGUCGAAGGACGACACGCCCACCGACGACAUCUCUUCGUCUCCAGAAGCUGUUGAUGCGGAGGUCGGAGAAGUUUCCGUCGUGCCAGUGUUGGCUCCUUGACUGUAGAAUUGAUGCCGUGGUCGGUGGGGAAUUCCCUCCGAAGGCGGAUGAUGUCGAGGACCCGGAGUUACCUUCUUAUCCACGUGUUCCGUCCUAUCCUCCUUUCUCCAAUAUCGAGGACGCAGUUUCGUCUCUGACGUCGUCGCCUGUGCAUUUGACUUCCGACCUCGAUUCGUCCGAUGAUGGAACGGCGGAGAGAGUGAGGUAGGCACUGAAAUAGACCGAGGAGUCAAAAUGAUCUGCACUCGAUUCUUGUGGAUUGUCACAAUUCU